GCCGUUACUUCCGGCCCGAUAAGCAGGCCCGGCGCGAGAAACGGGUUGCUCCCAAAAACCCCAUUUUCCAGCUGUGAGGAGUUCAGUGCCGCUAUGCGGUGAUCGAGUGACCGGAGGUCAUUUCGUCUGGAAACAUUGUCUUCACACAGUUGCCUUGGUAACGGGUUUGUUUAUUUCGGCCUCCCAAGGCGCGAAGAACAAGGGAAGCUUCUGUGGAUUCCGAGAAGGUGAAAGAGGAAGAAGAAGAAGAGUGGGCGAAAGAAAAGGGAAGUUGCCUGGUCUGCUGCUGCAGUUCUCAAAGAAGGAGAAGGAAGCAAGGGAUAUAUUCACACAAGACGGGGAGAGAGAGAGAUAUUAAGGAAGGAUAUAGGAAAAGGAGCAGAAAAGAGAAGCUUCACCAAACUGAGGAGAAGUAGCAACCAAGCUCUGCCCACUUUCCACCCCUAGGCUCCGCCCCUCCGCCGCCCGGCACUCUUCUGUCCCACCUCUCUCCCCUCUCUCUCUCUCUCUCUCUCUCUCUCUCCCCUCUGUCACUCCCACCCACCCGCACCCUCUCCCCUGCUUCCCAGCUGUCAGGAUGAAGCUGAAGGAGGAUGUGCCCCCUCUGCUCCUGCAUGUCUUCCGCUCCAUGGUCUGGGUCUACUCCAUCAUCACCUUCCUGCCCUGGUACCUCAUCUCGGGCACGAGUGCCAAGCAGGCUCGUGCCAAGCGUGUCAAAGCCCGCUCCGUGAGCGGGAACCCAGCAGGUCCGUACCGGGCCAUGCACAGCCAGAACCAGUUGGUUUCCCAGCUCUACGUCGCCAUGGAUACGUUGGAUAAAGUGUUUGCCUAUGCAGUCCAACGAUUCCCUCACAGAGACUGCCUCGGGACCAGAGAACUGCUCAGUGAAGAGGAUGAGGUCCAGCACAAUGGCAAGAUCUUCAAGAAGGUUAUACUGGGUGAAUACAACUGGCUGUCGUUCGAGGAGACGUUCCAAUUGGCCCAGACGUUUGGCAGUGGGCUGGCGGCUCUGGGUCAGAGACCACACCAUAACAUCGCCAUCAUCUGUGAGACUCGGGCGGAGUGGAUCAUCACUGCUCAGGCCUGCUUCAUGUACAACUUCCCAUUGGUGACUGUAUAUGCUACUCUGGGAGGUCCAGCCAUCGCUCAUGGUCUCAACGAGACAAGGGUCACUCACAUCAUCACCAGUAAAGACCUGUUCCAGAGCCGCCUUAUGGAGAUUCUGGGGGAGGUGCCCAGACUGCAGCACAUCAUCGUAGUGGACAGUAAGCCCAGCAGCUGGUCUGGUCUUCCCCAUGGCAUUCAGGUCCAUAAUAUGGCAUCUGUCCAGGAGCUGGGAGCCAUGAAAAUGGCAGUCCAGCGACCCCAGCCUCUGUCUUCUGACAUCGCCGUGAUCAUGUACACCAGUGGCUCCACAGAUAUCCCCAAAGGAGUCAAGAUCUCCCAUAGCAACCUUGUGGCCGCGGUAUCAGGCAUGGCAGAACGCAUCCCGGGCUUGGAUGAGAACGACACCUAUAUUGGCUACCUGCCACUGGCCCACGUGUUGGAGCUCAGUGCUGAGUUGGUGUGUGUGUCUCACGGCUGCCGCAUUGGAUAUUCCUCACCACAGACACUCUCUGACCAGUCCACCAAAAUUAAAAAGGGCAGCAAAGGAGACACCAGUGUCCUGAAACCCACACUGAUGGCAGCUGUACCGGAGAUCAUGGACCGCAUCUAUAAGACAGUGAUGAGGAGGGUGGAGGAGAUGAGCCGUGUUCAAAGGACCCUGUUUGUGCUGGCCUACAACUACAAGAUGGAGCAGAUCUCUAAAGGAUACAGCACUCCACUGUGUGACAGGCUGGUGUUUAGGAAGGUGCGUUCUCUGCUGGGCGGGAACACACGUGUGCUGCUGUCGGGUGGAGCUCCUCUGUCUCCUGCCACCCAGCGCUUCAUGAACAUCUGCUUCUGCUGCCCAGUGGGUCAGGGCUAUGGCCUCACAGAAACCUGUGGAGCUGCGACUAUCAGUGAGGUGUACGACUACAGUACAGGUCACGUCGGAGCACCUCUGGUCUGUUCUGAGAUCAUGCUGAAAGACUGGGAGGAAGGUGGCUACUACAGCACCGACAAGCCUCACCCUCGAGGGGAGAUUCUGAUUGGUGGGCCAAAUGUUACCUUGGGUUACUGUGACAACGAGAUGACAAACAAAGAGGACUUCUUUGUGGACAAGAAGGGCCAGCGCUGGUUCUGCACAGGAGACAUCGGGGAGUUCCAGCCUGACGGUUGUCUCAAAAUCAUUGACCGUAAGAAGGACCUUGUGAAACUACAGGCAGGGGAGUACGUGUCUUUGGGAAAAGUGGAGGCUGUGCUCAAAAACUGCUCUCUCAUCGACAACAUAUGUGCAUAUGCCAAAAGUGAUCAGUCGUACGUGAUUGGCUUUGUGGUGCCCAAUCAGAAGCAGCUGCUCUCCCUGGCUGAGCAGAGAUGUGUGCGCGGCUCCUGGGAGGAGAUCUGUAAUCACCCUGACAUGGAGCGCGAAGUUAUCCGCAUCAUCACCGAGGCCGCCGUCACUGCCAAACUGGAGCGCUUCGAGAUCCCUAAGAAGAUCUGUCUGAGUUCCGAGCCCUGGACCCCAGAGACCGGCCUGGUCACAGACGCCUUCAAGCUCAAACGCAAGGAACUGAAGACGCACUACCAGGCGGACAUCGAGAGGAUGUAUGGGGGCAAAUGAGGGGGAGGGGGGUCCGGGCGGGGGAACAGGAGAAGUAGGGGGGCGUACGACCCAACACACUACCCUCACCCGCACCCAAACUCCCCCCGGAGCUGCCUGCCCACAGCGCAUCUGGAUCACUUGAAUUUUGCCAAGUACGGAGUCUCGUUUGACGCGGGAGCAGAACAGAGCAGACAGGUGAACGGGAAAGACGAGCGGAGAAAGACGAGCGGAGACACAAGACACAACAAAACUUAGAAUGUGGAGAUGCUAGCAUCCCUCCACCCCUCUCUCUCUCUCUCUCUCUCUCCCUCUCUCUCUCUCUCCCUCUCUCUCUCUCCCUCUCUCUCACUCUCCCCCCCCCCCCCCCGGGUUCUCCUCUUCUUUUUGUAACUCUGUUUGAUACAAGAUGAAUACAGUCAUGUUUAUAGAGCUGACUCCAAAAGCCAGCCAGGUUUGUGCAAGGAAGCUCUAAACUCUUUACUUUUGUUUGAUUUCUUUUAACUGUUUCCAUUUAAUAUCUCUCUCUCUCACACACACACAUAUACUGUAUUACUCUAUGAAUUGUUCAUGUGCCGGUUUCUGAAAUAUUUGAGAUGCCUGAAGUGAAGCAGUCCUGAGUGAUGUUCACACACACUCCCACUGACGACUAACAUUACAUUCUAACAUUACAACGCUGGCGGGAAUUAGCAUGGCAGAAACAAGUGCCUGAGUGUCCUGAUCUGUGGGCUUUGUGUCCCUCAGGCCUGCGAUCACAGUUUGUGUACCACGUUCACUCUUUCUUCUCUUCACUUGAACACGUAGAGCUUUAAUUGUCUCUCUUAAGGUCUCAGACCCGUUUGAGACUCACUAACGUUUACUCCGUCUAUGUUGACCUUGCACUGGGGGUCGGGUUUCUGAUCAACAGCAUCGUCCUGCCAUGUGGGAGCGCUAUUACUGAGCUGAUGAACAAGCAUGUGAGUGUCCUUAACAACCAGCCAAAAAUAAUCAUCUUUCUUCCAUCUCGUGUGUUUUGUACCUUGCCAGCACUUCAGACGGAUCAGGUAUGUGAACAGAGCUCGGUGGUAUCCUCCUGUUUUCUGUCCGUCUUCUGCCGCAAUCACCCACAAACCUCUCUGGGUUUCCACCUCCAACCGCUUCACAGGGAAACGCAGACUACACACAGGACGUGUAUGUUGCUUUAAACCUGUGUAAUCCUCAUGAUCCUUUUCUUCCUGUUCUUCAGUACUAGUAGUUCUUAGAAGACAUUGACGAGUGUAUCGCGUGCAUGUUUGGGCGGGUUGAUGUACCUUGAAAAGAGCUUUGAAUGGAUCUGUGAGAUCUGUAGAAACCAUCAAUUCUUUUUGUUUACCCCCCCCCCCCCUUUUUAAAUACUUAUUGUAAUCCUUCUGAUUAGUGGCUAGCAUUAGCCCCUCUAUUUCACCUUUGCUCAUCAGCAAAGAUUUAAAAAAAAAAGCAAAAAAAAAAAAAAAAAGCUGAAUUGUAUGUGGAGGCUCUGAAAGAAUAAUCAACUGCACCUUCUGCCCUGUGGCAGACGGGCCUGUGCUGUCUUGAUAUAUUUCAAAGGACUUUUUGUAAUGUUCAAGCCACCUGUCCUUAGGUGACCCUUCAGUGAUUACAUCACAUGAUCCAAAGCAUUGUAACUGAAUAGGGUGAAGCAGAUUUUCAGACAAACUGCUGAAUUUGGUCACUAACGAUACUCCAGUCAAAGCUUGUCCAGGUGUUCUGAAAAUAACGUUCUUGCACAUUUUCAUACACUUUAAUAUUCCUUUCUUUUUUCUAGGAGCAUUCUAGGAAAAUGGUCUUUUUAAUUCUGGUCGUUUGUUUCCAGCACUUUUUCACGUCCUCGCGUGCCCGAGCGAGACGUCUGGCCUUUGUGUAGCCUGUAACGCGUAUUAAGCUUUUCUUCCCUUAGCCUUGAUCUCCUUGUUUGCUGACGCAUUAAAGAUGAACCUGCAGCCCCGUUCUGUCCCGUUCCACCCCGCCACACUUCUGGGAGGCACGGCUGUGUGCGUCCUCACAGCUGUUGCUCUCUCAGGCUUGUUUCUUGAGCACUUCAGAGUGGGCUUUCAUACCCAGCGAUCUUCGGCUGUCUCAGCAAGACGCUCGUGUGGGUUCGCUUGCCUUAAGUCAUUUCCUGUCAUUAUAACGUGGCGUCCGUCACUCCAUGUACCAUGGUGUCUGGAGCACCCACGCUGCCUUUUUUUAGGAAAUGUAGAACUGGCAACUGAUUGUUGUCUUACUGUUACGCCAUAAAGUCCUGGGUGGUGAUUAGUGUCCUCUGUGGAGAAAUCUAGACAGCUUGUGUUCUGCCCAUCCGGACUAUUUUUACAGUGCCAUGGUAACAGUAUCAAAUAGGCAGCAUCUGACUAACUGUUAAGACUGAAAGUAGCCAAUCAGACGGACUCGUGGGCACUCCAUGGACUUGUAGGGUGUUGCUCAAGUGUGAUUGAGGUGUUAGUCCAGUUUGAACUGGUCUGUCUGUGGUUGUGUUUACACAGCAGGGUACUUUGGUUGCAUUGUGGUUGUUUUGGUUUUGUAUUUUUUAAUCUAAGUGAAUUUGUAUGUUUAAAGAAGCUACUGGCUUUUGAUGACCCACAGGAAAGAAUGCACUCCAAACCAAUACCAAGUGUUGAGAUCAGAUAGAUAUCAGCCAUGCAAAGAAGCACGUAAGCUUUCAGCACCUGUCGCCUCGUACACGGCCGCUGUCAUAUAAACAAGCAAGGGAGGAAGUGACAUGGUUACCACUCCCUUUAUCACUCCAAGUGUAAAUAUGUUGUGCUUUCUUUUCCAUCCUAUCACCGGAUGUAUAUGUGUAGUACCUUCUUUAAAUGUAUGCAGUCUUGUUAUUGGUUUGUUUGUUUUUUGUUUUGUUUUGUUUUGUUUUGUUUUUUUAUAAUUUGCCAAUACUGGGGUCUUGUCUCCCUGGUGUGGAAUGACUGGCCACAGGAGAUGUCUCCUCUGUUAUUUAUUUGGAAAUUUGACUUGAAAGUUACAUCAAUAGGAAUAAAGCUUUGACCAUU